AUGCAGAUUAGUGGAGGGUUAUCGAUUCCAAAUCCUCCACCAGUUGGGCAUGAGGACGUCGUGGCAGAGAUAGAGGGUUUCUGCCCUAAUGAUCAUGGGAUCUUCAUGAGGGAAAAUGAUGCCCUUCUCCUCUUCUUUGGGGAGGUUGCACUCGAAUUCGAUACCAGGGACCUUUGGGUACUGAACGGCAUGCACGCCAUUUUUUAUAGAGUUCUUGCUCGUGCCGGCAAAGGUGGGGCCAUCACUGAUGGUCCUGAUCAUGUUGAUUUGCCUAUUAAGCUUUUGUUGUGGAGGGGGUUAGUAGCUGGGGUUGGUGGUUGGCAUAUUGCACCAUCUUGCCCUCUUGCCUGGCCGAGGCUUGCUCCAGGCAGGCUGUUAGGAAUGGGACUUGUCUUUCUCAAGUUUUUUUAUCUUCUGGAAGAGGAGACAAAUGGUGAGAUCAGCACUUGGGAGCUCAUCCUCUGCCGAACGGCAAGGGCCAAGAACCUGCAUACGAGGAUCAUUGAGCUUGAUGUUAAUUUUGAUUGGUUCUUCCUAACGAGCCCUCAUCAUAUGCCGAAAUUCAGAAUUAACUCGGUGACCAUGCUUAGUCGAGAGGAUGUUGUUGUGCUUUUUCAUUUUGGCCAUGUCUUGGCGCAAGGUGUCUAG